ACAAAACAAUUCGAGACCGUACGCCGAGACGUAAACACUGUUCCCGCAGCGCAACAUUUCAUUCUUUUCACCAUCUAACUCCAAUACUUCAUCGUGACUUCACACGCACAGCGGCCACCGCUGACACAUCACAUCUCAACAUCCACAAGGAGACGAGAGAAGAGACUGUAAUCAGCAAUUUCUUUGUGAUAUUCGCAUUUUCCCCCAUCGCACUAACUCCACCAUGAUGGACGUCGAGACUGUCAAUGGUUUCGAGAACGGAACCGCCGACCACGAGAAGAACGGCGGCGAAAUUACCGUAGGUGCAUCGGCAACCGAAAACAAUGGCACCGUCAUGAUGCCGUCAGCCACCAUGGACCUGAGAAUCAAGAAGAAAGCUCGCCGGCUGACCAAACAGAACAGCAAGGAAUCUUCGCCAAAUGGCAUUGCGGUCGUCCUGCAACAGCCCAGGUACUUCAAGAACAGCCGCCGGUCCAGGAGCGGCUAUGGUCGUGGGCUGCCCAAAAAGGGCGGAGCUGGUGGAAAAGGAGUGUGGGGCAAGCCAGGCUCUGAGCUGGCUGAGGAGUAUGUGGACACCCAUGAUCCCAACUACGACAGCGACUCUAUGGAAAAUGGAGACGUUGAGCUUAAAACGAUCUUCCCGAUUCUCAGCGAUGAGGAGCUGAUGAGAGCUGUGGAGCCAAUCAUGCAGGAGUACUUCGAGAAUGGGGACACCAACGAAGCCUGCAUCUCCUUUGAGGAGCUGCACGCUGGAAAGAAGCGCUAUAGACUGCCAUACAUUGCCAUUGAGAUGGCCAUGGACCACAAGCCCUCCCAUCGAGAGCUCACCUCUGUCCUCAUUUCUGACAUGUACGGCCGCAUUGUCAGUGAGAGGGAUAUUGCCAGAGCUUUUGACGAACUGCUCCGCAACCUGCCAGACCUGGUGCUUGACACACCAGACGCAGCCACAGUGCUGGCCAACUUCCUCGCUCGUGUCGUAGCAGACGACUGCCUGCCCCCUCGCUACGUGUACGACCUGAGUGACCUGGCCAAGCAGACCCCAGGCUCCCCAAGCAAACAAGAAGGAGAAGAAGUCGAGCCCAAAGACAAUGGGCUGGUCAAUGGCGAUGCCAAUGGAACCGCGCCUGAUACGCUUAUGAACCAACACUCAAGAGUGACCAUCUCCAGGGCUGAGACCCUCCUGUCGCUGAAGCACGGACUCGUCCGUCUGGACAACGUGUGGGGCGUCGGAGGCGGCACCAGGCCAGUCAAGAGUCUCAUCAGGCAGAUGGUGCUGCUCUUGAGAGAGUACCUAUCCUCAAGCGACUUGCAUGAAGCUUCUCGCUGCCUGCAAGAGCUUGAGGUGCCACAUUUCCAUCAUGAACUCGUUUAUGAGGCUGUUAUCAUGACCAUCGAAGCUGUGGUUGGACCAACCGAAGAAAAGAUGGUUCGUCUGCUCAAAUUCCUGUCUGACGCAGUCAUUAUUACUCCUGACAUGAUGGAAAGGGGCAUCAUGAGGAUCUUUGAAGAUCUCGAUGACAUCUGUCUGGAUGUGCCAGUGGCUCACAGUGUUCUUGAGAGAUUCCUUGAAAACUGUGAGAAAGCUGGGUUCAUAACGCACAAUCUGGUCAGGAAGCUUCCAACAAGGGGUCGCAAGCGAUUUGUCUCCGAGGGAGACGGUGGCCGCAUCAAGGAUCACCUGUACUAAAGCGCAGUGACUCCAUUCCCUCCAUCCCUUCUCUAGAAGAAAGAGCAGCCCUCAUUCCUUACAUUUGUACCAGAGUAUCAAGGAACGAGCCAUUCAAUUAUCACCUGAGUUGCAAGAAGAAACCCAGAUGUUAACAAACAUUAUUCAUUUUCUCAAAAAACUUGAAAAAGUAUGAAUUAAAAGUACAAAAAGAGAAGAAAUCUUGUAGCUUGAAACGAAUAUUGAUGGCUGGAUUGCUUGAUAAAAAAGAUACGCAACAACAAACAAAUUGCAUGCUGAUGCUUUUCAUCUUCACUUUUGAUGGGUAGCAAAAUUAUUCAAAUUAUAUCGUUCUUUGCCUUCAUGCAACUGUUAUUAAUUUCUGCAAAGUCUCACGGUGUUUAGCGUCUUAGUGAUUUAACAAAUUUACGAGAGCGUUUUUCAAAUAUCACCUGAUUGUCAUAUGUGUUAGCGAAAAAAACAUUGACAACUUAAAAAUCCAACAAAUAUUUAACAUAUAUACUCAUCUUUACUCCCAUUGGUAGCUGUGGAAAAGUUAGUAAAGAGACUUUUCUUUCCGUACUUAUCUGCUGCGGCUGAUGGAACACUUAACCAGAGCUGCAGUAUUAGGACUAAACCGCCACACAUUAUAAAAUGCAUGAUUUACCCACUGCCUGGUUAAAUACAACUAUCCAAAACGUAGCUCACUAGGGUCCAAAAGCGUUUAUUUGACUUUCUCCCGGACUUGAAAACCAACAGACAAGCAGUUUAGUUCAAUCCUUAGCCGAAAAAUCUGAAGACAUAAAUAUGAAGCAUAAUGAAGGCUGAAUUUGUAGUGGUAACAAAAUAUAAUAUUUUUCUCUUAAAUACAGAGUAGAUGAGACAAUUCAUUAUAUAUUCACAUAAAAAAGUAACACUAAUCAGGCGGCUCUCUGAAUUUGUAAUGGCAUGAAAGGAUUGUAAUAAUUGUUAGUUCCUAAGUGAAAUUUUCUAUUGCAUUUUAUUAAUGAAAAGUCUAAAAAUCAAUAUAAAAUAGCAAAUGCACCAGUUCAAUUGAUAAUAAUUGGUUCUAUUCAUGAUUUCCUUCUCAACUUGGUAGUAAAUUGUAAGUUAAUUUUCUGUAAGAAAAGAGGAUAAUCAAUCGAUUCAUUUCAUCUUGUGUACAUUGGUUUAUUUUGUUUCUAAUAAAUUAGCAUAUUAACAUGUA